CCGCAGACAAGCGAACUGGAAGCCGCCGCGAUCUCGAGCUCCGGGCCACUGCGCGUCUGGGUCCCAGGGCCGGUGACAGGACUCCCAGAGCUGCCCAGCGCCCGGAGAACGCAGAUGAAUGUGCUCUGGUUUGGAGCAGAUGCCUGCUAGGAGCCUUGGGAUGCCUCAGUCUACCAGUAGUGUUCUUUAAAAGGAGCACAAGGGGACUUACUUGGCCACAUUGCAUACAACAUUGAGAAUAUCAAUUCAGUCCGCCAGCUUUGGAUAGAGGAAGAAAAGGAGUUUUCCAAGAUUUGAGCAAAAGGAACUUUGUUUAAGGAUCUAGUGUACACAACCUGGAUGGAUCUUCACUUUCCUCAGUGUUCUCCGGUGACUUCUUGAUGGACUUGACUCCUUUGCUGGCAACUCCUGGGCUGGAGAAAUGGUUCUGAUUAGAUGGGUUCUGGGAAGGCAGGACAUCCGCCUGCUGCAGAGGAGGCGUUCCCUGCUGUUGACACUUGCAGCCAUUGUCUUUGCUGUGCUUCUGUUUUGUGAAUUUUUUAUCUAUCACAUAGUGAUCUUUCAGUGUAGUUGGCCUGAACUCAAAACUACCGCCCAUGGAGCCCAGGAGCCUCUUCUGAAAGCCAUGUUUUUGGCUGAUACCCACUUGCUUGGGGAAAGAAGAGGCCACUGGCUAGACAAAUUACGAAGGGAAUGGCAAAUGGAGCGAGCCUUUCAGACAGCUCUGUGGUGGCUGCAACCAGAAGUCAUCUUCAUCCUGGGGGACAUCUUUGAUGAAGGGAAGUGGAGCUCCUCCCAGGCCUGGGCAGAUGACGUGCAGCGCUUUCAGAAGAUGUUCAGACACCCCAGCCACAUGCAGCUGAAGGUGGUUGCUGGCAACCAUGACAUUGGCUUCCAUUACCAGAUGAGUGAAUACCGAGUAAAACGUUUUGAGAAAGUAUUCAGCCCUGAAAGGCUGUUUUCUUGGAAAGGAGUUAAUUUUGUGAUGGUCAACAGCGUCGCACUGGAAGGGGACGGCUGUGACAUCUGCUCUCAAGCAGAAGCUGAACUCGUUGAGAUCUCUCAUAAGCUGAACUGCUCGAGAGAGCAGGUACAGGGCUCCGACCAGUGUGGAGAUGGGCAGUGGCUUCCCUGGUCUGCCCCAGUGCUCCUGCAGCAUUACCCACUCUACCGGAUCAGCGAUGCCAACUGCUCUGGGGACGAUGCAGCCCCUCCAGAAGAGAGGAGCAUCCCUUUUGAGGAACGAUAUGAUGUGCUUUCUCGGGAGGCCUCACAAAAGCUGCUGUGGUGGCUGCAGCCCCGCCUGGUCCUGAGUGGCCACACACACAGCGCCUGUGAAGUGCUCCAUGCUGGAGGAGUCCCGGAGAUCAGCGUCCCAUCUUUCAGUUGGAGGAACAGAAACAACCCCAGUUUCAUCAUGGGCAGCUUGACCUCCAGGGAUUAUGCUCUCUCCAAGUGCUACCUCCCAUUUGAGGACACGGUUCUGACCACAUACUGCGGAGCAGCUGGGUUCGUUCUGGUCCUCGUCUUAGCUCACUUUGAGUGUUUAGCCUCACCUUUUCUGUUUGGAUGGAACCUGCUGAGAAUGCCCACUCCCACGACCAGAUUUUUUUUAGAUCUGCGAGAACUACCCUCAAAGCCAUGGCAGUGGGCAGAACAGGAAACCACUGCUGCAUGAUUCUACUUUCUAGGGAUGGUGCUGCACUGACUUUUGAAGCAGCAUAUGCAGAUCUUGCACAUGUGUGAAAUAAGGUUUUGCAGGGUGGCAGUGUGGCUUAGCAGCAGAGCACUUGCCUAGUAUGCAUUAGACCUGGCUUCAUCUUCAAAAGACAAAUGAAGACACCAACCUCAUUCUCCUUGGCAGACAAAGACAUUGACACCACUUUGCUCUUACGUUUGUUUCUUUGUAACGAUGGAGCCUUAAGUAAGGGAAUGGGUGGCCUGCUCCUGUCCAGGGAACCGAAGUAGAGAUACACAUCUUCUGGGGAGAAAAACAAACCCUAGUUCCCCAAAGUAAGAUGAACUUACAAACUGUGCCCUGGAGUUGAGUCCUGGUUUUUACAGCCAAGGCUCAAAGCAGUAACUGUUGGUGGCUGCAACACAGUUGUGAUGUUGGGAUGACAUUGCUGGUAAAGUGUGGAUGGUUUUAAAAUCAAGAAUUUUGCCAGUAUCAAUCUGAUCAAAAUACUCUCAAUUCUACAGAUACCAUUCAUUCCCUGUUUUGGAGUAAGCAGCAGGUCAUGUCGACAUUAAGCUGUUCAACCCACUAAAACCAAUUCCCUUUACAGGUGUAGCCAUCACCAAGGCACAGAAAUCUACAAGGAUUUCUCUUCAGUAGUGAUACAAAAGAAUAUUACAUUUUUGUAGUCUGUACAGUGUAAUAAACCAGCAAUAA